AUGGUACUUAUGGCAAUUGCAGAUGGCAAUUACAACUUUAUUUACGCAAAUUAUGGAGCUAAGGGUCGGUCGUCCGACAGUGGAAUAUUUCAAGAAACACCGUUUUAUAAUGCAUUGUUAGAAAACUCACUUAAACUGCCACGGCCUGAACCAAUAACACAAGGCGGAACAGAAAUGCCGUAUGUAAUUGUAGGUGACAGUGCUUUCGCGCUAACGGAGAACAUCAUGAAACCAUAUCCUGGCAUUCAUGAACGUGGGAACAAAAAGCGUAUAUUCAAUUACAGACUAUCAAGAGCUAGGAGGAUUAUAGAAAAUGUUUUUGGCAUUUUAUGUGUGGUGUUCCGUGUAUUCACUAAACCUAUUCCGUUAAAACCAGCCAAUUGUGAACUCGUGGUAAUUGCUUGUGUAUAUUUACAUAACUUCUUAAGACGUAACUCAGUUUCCAGAUCCAUAUAUACACCUCCACAAACUUUUGAUUUUGAAGACUCUGAAGGUAACCUAUUAGAAGGUUCUUGGCGAAGGGAACUAAGUUCGUUUCCUAUGAUUGAUUUGCAAAGACGGGGCAGGCCUGCAUCACAAUCAGCUCUUUGUAUUAGAGAACAGUUUGCCGAUUACUUUAUAACUCCAGAGGGAAGAGUUCCAUGGCAAAAUAAUGUAGCGUAA